UUUCUUAACCUCAUCCAUUAACAGCUUUCACUCAUUCCUAGCUACAACUGCAAGGAAACAAUUAAUUAUUAAUUAUCAUAAAAAAACAAAUACUUUUUACCUGCCAAGACUGUGAAUAAUGUAGAAUAAUUUAUUUGACAAACUCGUCCUAGUUGUAUUGUAGGUUUUGGUGAAUUAUACUUCCUGACCAAUCCCACUAAACAAAUAAUGUUUUGCAUACAAACUCAAGAAGGGGAGAUAUAAGGCAGAACUACAGAGAAGAAGAAUCGUUCUGCAGAGAAAAUAGUAAGGGAAUUUAAAGCUUGAACAGAUUGUGAUAAAGACUACGUGGAAUUAUUUCAGAAGAUGGAGAAAAUUCUCCUGGCAAUCACAUUAUUUGCUGGAACUCUUGCACAACAAAAUAUGGAUGGCAAAGUCUUCCUCUUUCCCAAAGCAACUUCUACCGCAUAUGUGACCCUGAAACCAGCACUUAAUGAUCCUUUAAACAAGCUGACAAUCUGCCUACGAUCCUACACUGAAAUUCUCAGAGAACAUUCUCUUAUCUCAAUCGCUACCCCAGGUUCUUCAAAUGAUAACGCAUUCAUCCUCUAUGCAAAGCCACCAAAUGCCUGCGCUGCUUUUGUAGGUCAGGAAGAGAAUCUUUUCAAGAUCAAUCCAGACACACUUGACUGGAAGCACACUUGUGUGACAUGGGACUCUGACACAGGAGUGGUACAGCUGUGGAUCAAUGGGAAGCUGUAUCCAAGAAAAGUUUCCAAAAAAGGAUUUUCUUUUAAUGCUAAGACAAGUAUUAUUUUGGGACAAGAACAGGACUCUUUUGGUGGUGGGUUUGAUAUUAAGCAGUCUUUUGUGGGAGAAAUUACUGAUCUCCAUAUGUGGGAUUACGUUUUGGAACCAUUAGAUAUACAAAAGGCUUUGUUAGGGUUUACAAGCACUAAUGGGAAUGUCAUUAGCUGGAAUGCUUUACAGUAUGAGAUGAAAGGGAAUGUUUUUGUCCAACCCAAAAUUGAGAGCCAGGCUGGGUAUACAAAUAAUUAGUAUUCCCAGAGCUACAAAGAUAAAUAAUCUGAUACAUGUUCUAUGAUUUCACAAGGUUCAAGUAAAAGAUUUCAUGUUAAAUUCAAAUCAGUUAGCUGAUGUAACACAAUAGACAGAUUCAACACUGAGAUUAUUACACUCUUUUAGAAAAUAAAGCCUUUGGAAUGUUUUAUUUGA